AGGACAAAGUUUCACGCAAAUCGAAGAGGGGUCGGAGCAACUUUUCCCGAUUUCGUGUGAGUAGGUAGAGAAUUGCGCACAACAUUUCUCCAAGUUCCCCUUAAGAUUCACUUCAUUGCAUUUGCAUAAACAAAAUAAUCAGAAGCAAACAUAAUGCACUUGAAAGAACCAGGGCAAGGCAGCAAUUCCCAAAACAAAUAAACAACCGUCGUUCCACACCGGCUUCCGAAACCAAUCCACCCAGGUCACAACUUCAAGUCCUGACCAAAUAAAUCAAUUACCCCGUCGCAACAAAUCGGAGCUCGAAACCGGGGACCCCAAUCAAAAACCGCAACCAGCCUCUCCAGUCUGCAACGUUAAAGUUCUGCACUUGAACCCGCUCGCCACGAAAUCUCGCGCGGUCAAUCACGACUUUUAUGUUGCUCGUUUCUGGUCUGGUCCGCUCCGUGAACGGGACGAAAUUGAGACACAUUGUGGCUUGCGGCGAACAAGCCUUGCGCGGACCUGCCACCAAACCGCGCAGCAGCCCAAGAGCACCCAAGAAUUAAUUAAAUAAUUGCAUAUUAAUUCGGCGUGAUUCGAUAAGUUCUCCACUGCUCCGUCCUGGGUAGAGAGCUAGAGUAUCGCUUUGGGCGAUUGGAUUUCGGUUGAUCGGUUGGGCGAGCUGUAAACUGGUUUGCUGACCAAGGCAAAGGGAUUAGUCCGGUUGGGGCCAAAGAUGCGAUUGCAGGCUGUGGUUUGCUGUGCAGGUUGGUUUUGGGGUUGGAGUGGACACACGGUGAGCUUUCCUCGAUUAAAUUGGUGUUUUGUAAUCAAUUAUUGGAUUGGUCCUCUGGAAAUUUGUUCAGUAUUUGCAUUUCUUGUCAUGUUAUGUUCAAACAAUCUAACGACGUGCCACCCGAGUCACGAUGUCAUGGAAUGGGUUUAAAUAAUCGCAUUUACAAGUUUAAAGAAUUUUUCAUUUUUUUUCGUUUAUACAUUGUAUGGCUUUUAUCACCCGGUUUGUCCCUUACCUUGCAUGAUGUAUGUCUCGCUGAGGAAGAAGCGAUUAGUGUAAUUGAUACCUUCAGGCGUGACCAGUGAAACCGCCUGUCAUGGGGUGCGAAUUAUCAUGUCGUCGUAGGCGCCACACGGUGAAGAUGCUCUUAGUCGAUUGUAGUUACAGGCUGGGGAUUGAGCUAAGCCCUUUAAUAACUUUUCAAGAGUGAGAAAAUGCAUUCAAGCGCCAAAAAAACCAGAAAAAUUAAAAAUACACAAUAUUCUACAAAUGUGUUUGAAUAAGAAAAUAAAAUUCACAACAUUUUGCCAAUUUAAGGAAUUAUGUUUGCAUUUUUUUAAGGUUUUUUAUAAUAAUUAAAAUUCAAUUAAAACCUUUUAAACUUGAUCAAAACACGCCACAAGAAGCGAAAAAGAUUGAUUAGCUCACAUCCAAAAAUGGCACAAAGCCAUUCAACUUGCAUAGGUAAAGCGAAGAAGCGGUUAUUAUCUCGUUCCAUAUCCCUUAAUUAAGCCCCCGCACGCACACACACACACAUUCACGAGGAACUAUCUUCAUCAAAGCUGUAUGAAGAUGAGAUGAGAAAAAUUUCCCGCUAAACACGGGUUAUUCAAAUUAUUGCAUUAAUUAAUUGACUCGUUACCUUGGAACUAACUUGCAACGAGUGAGACCCAAUUCCAUAGCUGUGCAAGCUGAUAAUUUAUAGCUGUUUGCGAAAAACUACCGCAAACGCGCUGGGAAAGCAUAAAUUAUAGCUUGGCUCGAUGCAUUUCUAAUCAAUUUCCACUGGAAAGGGUUUUGCUGGCUUGGUUGAAACUGUUUAAUAGAUUAGCUUGAAGUUUCUAUUAAGAGUUGUAAAGUUAUAGAUUGCUUGAAUAAGGAAGUACCAAAUCUGUAUCUUCUACGAGUUUAUCGAUACCAAACUAAAUAAUAUCUGAGUCCAAACUACCAAUCUAAACUACAAAACAACGUUCACAGCAAAAAUCAAGUAAUUUGUCCCAGAUUCGUUCUUACAAACAGGAAGUAUCUAACUCCAAAAUCACCAAGAAAAUCCAUUCACCUUUCUUAUCAGUCGACUAGACUAUUUUCUAACACUCCAGCAGGACUGUCCCCGCAUUCAUAGCUUUGCAGAAGAUAUCUCCGGCUCAGCAAAACUUAAUUCAAGUGUGAACUAUAUUUUCGCAAAAUGGGGUCAAAGCAGCAUCAAACCCUUAUCUUUCUGUAACGGGACCUUAUAAAUGGACACCCAAGGCUACCUUCAUCAGUACAGUUGACAUCUUGCAAGUGAAAAUGUGGUCCACAGCAAUUCUUCUAGCCGCUUUCGCUCUGCUGACGAGCGCUCAGAACGACUUUGAUGCGAUCUUGGGAUGCAAGCAGUACACCAUCACUGGACCAUCGUACAAGAAUCCGAAUCCGUAUUUCGCACUGGAUGAAUUCCAGAACGUCUUGGACGUUGAGGUAGCUGGACUGAAGAUCCGUACGAUUCGUUUGGGUGUCAUGGGAAGUAACGAUGGUGUGAUCAGGCUUGCCCCGGUUGAAGAACCCUAUCAGAACACUAUGAUGGAUGAGAUCGUUAUUUCCGGAUGGAAAAACACUCGAAACGCCGUUCGACAGUACGUUCGAUCCAGUCCGAGUAAAUAUAGUAAAAAUGUGAUCCUAGUAAAUCAACUUAGUGGUGGAAUUCUUUCGCCCAAUAAGCCAUACGUGUUCACCCUUUCAAUCGUGAAUGACCAUUUGGUGACAUUAAGCAAUGAUGGAGAGGUUCUACCAUUCUUGCAGUACACCGAUACAGGAGUUCUACCAAAGUACAUCGGAUUUAGCAACUGGAAUUCCCCCGUUUCCGUGUUCUACGAUUGUCCUCCUCCGACACUACCGACUCCACCAACAACGCAGUCUCCAGCAACCACUACAGCGGCACCGAUUCUAACUUCUUCAACAGCCCCUGAAACAUCCGCUACAGCUACGCCGGUUCUUACUACUACGGAAGCUGCUGUUUCAACCACACCGGUGGAUCCAGUUUCAACCACUCCAGUGGCUCCAGUUGAAUCUUCUACAUCGGCACCGGUUUCAACCACUACAGAAACUCCCGCUUCAACCACCAUAGCGGCACCAGUUUCAUCCAGUACAGAAGCUUCCGCUCCCACCACCACUGCCGCACCGAUUACAACUCCAUCAGCAGAGCCUGAACAGACUCCAGAUCCAGAAAACGGAGGGCAAGAAUAAAUGUUUUGAACCUGUUCUCUUCCCAAAAUCAAUGUGAAUGUUCAGUUCCCAAAAUCGUGAACAAGUCGUCGCUGUCGUGCUAACUUGUCACACGUCGCUUUUUGACGUUCCGAGAAAAACGCGUUUUAAUGUUUGACCUUGAAUAAACAAAAACGAGAGCACGCAAUGUAAACAAUAACAAACACGUUUUGUUUGGUUGACCAUUCUGUGCAUUGUCCUGAAGUUUGGUUGAAUUUGGUUGCUGGAGUCCCGAGUUAUAAUUACACAUGUUUACGGUAGUGGAGUUCGUACUUGUGUCAAACGCGUUCUGACCUGAAAUCCGUUUGCAAUUUGUCGCAUUUGCAGCAAUUUUCAGGCUGUGUCAAAAUAGCACGACAAGGUUGAAACUUUGUUCAUACAAAAAGUGACAAAAAUGCAGGGAGUGUUUUUCGGUUUUUAUUGAAUAUCUCAGGAUUGACAUCAAACUUU